AUGGCCUUUCAAGGAAUCAGGGAAGUGGAAAACUAUUUUGUGCCACUUCUUCAGCGAUUCAAAAGCUCAAGGGAAUGGAAGAAAAUCCAUGGCUGCAUCAUCAUACAUGGACUAUCGCAAAGUAGUUUUAUGGUCACUAAAAUGGUGGAUUUGUGCGAUAAGAUCGGUGAUAUGGAGUAUGCAACUCGUCUUUUUAACCAAGUCUCGAAUCCUAAUGUUUUCUUGUACAAUUCCAUCAUUCGUGCUUAUACACACAAUUCAGUGUAUCACGAUGUGAUCCGAAUCUACAAGCAACUGGUGAGGAAGAGCCUUGAGUUUCCAGAUCGGUUUACAUUUCCGUUUAUGUUUAAGUCUUGUGCAAGCCUUGGAUCAUGUUACUUAGGGAAGCAAGUUCAUGGGCAUCUCUGCAAGUUUGGUCCUAAAUUCAGUGUUGUGACUGAGAAUGCGUUGAUAGAUAUGUACAUGAAGUUUGAUGAUCUGGUGGAUGCACAUAAAGUGUUUGAUGAAAUGUCUGAGAGAGAUGUUAUAUCUUGGAAUAGUUUGCUUUCUGGAUAUGCACGGCUUGGGAAGAUGAAGAAAGCAAAAGCUUUGUUUUGUUUGAUGCCGGAUAAAACGAUUGUAUCUUGGACCGCAAUGAUUUCAGGGUACACGGGGAUUGGGUGUUAUGUAGAAGCCAUGGAGUUGUUCCGUGAAAUGCAAUUAGCUGGUAUUGAGCCUGAUGAGAUUAGUCUCAUUUCUGUUUUACCGUCGUGUGCACAUCUCGGUUCUCUUGAGCUGGGGAAAUGGAUCCAUAUGUAUGCGGAGAGAAGGGGAUUUCUGAAACAGACUGGUGUUUGCAAUGCUCUUAUCGAAAUGUACUCAAAAUGCGGUGUGAUCAGUCAAGCUAUCGAAUUGUUCGACCAAAUGAAGGGGAAAGAUGUCAUAUCGUGGAGUACAAUGAUCUCAGGGUAUGCACAUCAUGGGAACGCUGAUGGAGCAGUCAAAACAUUCAGUGAAAUGCAGAGAGCGAAGGUGAAGCCUAACGGAAUCACAUUCCUUGGACUUUUAUCAGCUUGUUCACAUGUUGGGAUGUGGGAACAAGGGUUGAAUUAUUUUGACAUGAUGAGACAAGAUUAUCAGAUAGAACCCAAGAUUGAACACUACGGUUGUUUGAUAGACGUUUUGGCAAGAGCAGGGAAACUGGAACGAGCUGUUGAAAUAACAAAAACAAUGCCGGUGAAACCCGACUCGAAGAUUUGGGGUUCACUGUUGAGCUCCUGCAGAACACGAGGCAAUCUUGAUGUUGCUCUGGUUGCAAUGAAUCAUCUUGUUGAGCUAGAGCCAGAGGACAUGGGGAAUUAUGUUUUGCUUUCCAAUAUAUAUGCAGAUUUGGGGAAAUGGGAAGAUGUUUCGAGGAUAAGGAAGCUUAUCAGAGACGGAAACAUGAAGAAAACACCAGGAUGUAGUUUAAUAGAGGUGGACAAUGCUGUUCAAGAAUUUGUUGCAGGAGACGAGAGUAAACCUUUUUGGACAGAGAUCUGUCUAGUGUUGCAAUUGUUUUCUUCUCAUCAGGAUCAGGAAGUGAUUAGAAACAACAAUAUUCUCGCACUUAUAGGCAUGGUUUAA